UUAUUUUCAGACUGAAUACUCCUUUUGUCAUCAGUGCACCAAUAUGUUAGGCUUACUUUCUCUGUUGUAGCCUUCAUCCUUCUGCUUGGUCUUUUUCAUUUUCCUUUCCUUUCCUUAUGCAACUUGUCUGAUCCUCGUUCAUUAAAGGGUAAUGUUAAGAAGGGAUGUAUCUGUUUGUGUUAGAAGUGAAAAAAAAAUCAGUUAAAACAUUAAAUUUUAAUACUGUCAAAAACUUGAUUUCCCCACAAUGUAAUGGGCACUAGCACUUGCUACUGCAAUUUAUAAAUAAAUUAAAACAAACUUUGACUGCCUUAGAAGGCAAAAGUACUAAUGCAGAGUUUAUAAACAGGGGUUUACAGAGCUAAUGAAUUUAUACCAAAACUUUCUUGAUUCUUGCAUGACAAAUUCUGACAGACAAAAAAAGAUACCAAAACAACAAAAAAGUAAAUUUCCUUUGUUAUUUAUUUUUUCAAUUCUUUCAUUGGACCAUUUGUUUUUACCAGUAAAUCCCUGGUUGAGACGUUAUGAAAGUGAUAUUGCACCUAGGAAGUCAUUUUUAUAACCUGUCUUAAUUUGGUCCUUUUGCUAAAGAUUGCAGUCACUGCUUAUUUAUUAUACCAUUGGGCAUAAGGUAAUAACACAUUUUCAUUUUGUUUAACUGGCAGUCUUUGAUAGUAUCUAAAAGAAGGCUGUAUUUUAGAACUUUUUUUCUGGCAUUAGAGGCUCUUUAUUUACUUAAACUUUUUUUCACUAUAAUAAUUAUUCCUAAUUAUCUCCUUAUUGUUUAAAACAUAGUGGGAUAUUGGUGAUAAGUAAACUUCUGAAUUUGUUUUUAUUAUUAUUUUUAAUAAAAACUAAUCCCACAGUUAUAGAGCAACUAGGUGCAAGUGGUUGCUGGUCCCUUUGAAAACAGUUUCUUCUUUUUUGUCCAGGACCAAACCUAGUCAUAAUCAUGGCAUCUGUUACUAUUUUUUUAAUUUGAUUUUGGUAAUACCUCAAAUUUAGCCUGACAAAACUUAACUUUUAGCCCAAAGGUAUAAUAUACAUGUGUGUAUAACAAAAACAAAAAAACCAAAAAAAAAACAAUUGUUUACACCAGGCUGAGUGAAAUGAUGAGGGAAGUAAACAUUGUGUUUUUUCACUAAAGGUGUACAACGGAUAAGGGAGAACAGAUCCCAUUCCAAUUGUUUUCAAGUAUGAUGUCAUGGGCAUGGGUCGCAUGGAAAUGGAGCUCGAUUAUGCCGAAGAUGCUACCGAACGGCGCCGUGUCCUAGAAGUGGAAAAAGAAGACACGGAAGAAUUAAGACAGAAGUACAAGGAUUAUGUUGACAAAGAGAAGGCAAUUGCUAAAGCGUUGGAAGACCUCAGAGCCAACUUUUACUGUGAACUCUGUGAUAAGCAAUAUCAGAAACAUCAGGAGUUUGACAACCAUAUCAAUUCCUAUGAUCAUGCACACAAGCAGAGAUUGAAAGAUCUCAAGCAGAGAGAGUUUGCUCGAAAUGUUUCUUCAAGAUCCCGCAAGGAUGAGAAGAAACAGGAAAAAGCCCUUCGGCGUCUCCAUGAGUUGGCAGAGCAAAGAAAACAAGCUGAAUGUGCACCUGGAAGUGGUCCUAUGUUCAGACCAACCACAGUGGCUGUAGAUGAAGAAGGUGGAGAUGAUGAUAAAGAUGAAUCAGCUACAAAUAGUGGCAUAAGUGUCCCUGCCACUUGUGGACUAGGAUCUGAAUUCUCCACAGAUAAAGGAGGCCCUUUCACUGCAGUACAAAUCACUACUACCACUGGACUGUCACAGGCUCCUGGGUUAGUCUCCCAAGGUGUCAGCUUUGGCAUUAAGAAUAAUCUGGGUACCCCAUUGCAAAAAUUGGGAGUGUCAUUUUCAUUUGCCAAGAAGGCUCCUGUCAAACUCGAAUCAAUAGCAUCAGUUUUCAAGGACCACGCAGAGGAAGGAACUUCUGAAGAUGGAACAAAAGCUGAUGAGAAGGGGUCUGACCAAGGACUGCAGAAGGUGGGAGACUCUGAUGCUAGUAGUAAUCUCGAUGGCAAAAAAGAGGACGAAGACCCUCAGGAUGGAGGGUCCCUUGCCUCAACAUUAUCUAAGUUAAAAAGAAUGAAGCGAGAAGAAGGAGCUGGGGCAACAGAGCCAGAGUAUUACCACUACAUCCCCCCAGCACAUUGCAAAGUAAAACCUAAUUUUCCCUUCCUCCUCUUUAUGAGAGCUAGCGAACAAAUGGAAGGUGGUGAUAAUACACACCCAAAGAAUGCCCUAGAGAGCAAAAAAAGCAAUUCUCCCAAGCCUAAACGCUUAAGCAAGGUGGCAGCAAGCCAAGGAGCAGAAAAGACUGUUAGUGAGUUCUCGGAGCAGCAGGCGGAAACCAGUGUGGCUGAGCCCUCAGAACCUGGAAGCAGAGCUGAAACCAAGAAGGCUUCAGGAGGGGACAUAAGUGAGCAGAGUUUAGAGAGUCAGAAGUCUUCAGGUAUUCAGAUGUGUGAGCCUAACCCUUCUAAAGAAACCUCUCAGACCACUCCACCAGGAAAAGAAAGCCGUGAGGGACCCAAACAUCCUACUGGCCCCUUCUUUCCAGUUUUGAGCAAAGAUGAAAGCACUGCCCUCCAGUGGCCAUCAGAACUAUUAAUUUUCACCAAGGCAGAACCCUCCAUUUCAUACAGUUGUAACCCUUUAUACUUUGACUUUAAACUUUCAAGGAACAAAGAUGCCAGAGCUAAAGGGACAGAAAAGCCAAAGGACAUAGGAGGCUCCUCAAAGGACCAUCUCCACGGCCUUGAUCCUGGUGAGCCAAAUAAAAGCAAGGAAGGAGGAGAGAAAGUAGAACAUUCCUCAGGAGAUAGAAUAGAUGCACCUGCUUCAGGAUCUUCCUGUCGCGGCCCGAAUAAGCAGGAGCCUGGUGGCAGCCAUGGAUCAGAAACAGAAGACACAGGGAGAAGCCUUCCUAGCAAGAAGGAACGAUCUGGGAAGUCCCACCGACACAAAAAGAAAAAGAAGCACAAAAAAUCCAGCAAACACAAACGGAAACACAAGGCUGACCCAGAAGACAAAAGCUCUAAGGUUGAGUCUGGGGAGAAGUCUAAGAAGCGCAAGAAACGAAAACGGAAGAAGAAUAAGUCAGCCCCUGCAGAUUCCGAACGGGGACCCAAACCAGAACCCCCUGGGAGUGGUAGCCCUGCUCCACCAAGAAGACGGCGGCGAGCCCAAGAUGAUUCCCAGCGGAGAUCCCUCCCAGGUGAAGAAGGGAGCAGUGGCAAAAAGGAUGAAAGUGGAGGUGGUGGCAGCUCUCAAGAUCAUGGUGGGAGGAAACAUAAAGGUGAACCUCCAACUUCAUCCUGCCAGCGAAGAGCUAGCACCAAACGGAGCAGCCGGUCCAGCCAUCGGAGUCGACCCAGCAGUGGAGAUGAGGAUAGUGAUGAUGUUUCAUCACGCCGGCUGCACCAGAAGUCUCCAUCCCAAUACAGUGAAGAGGAGGAGGAGGAGGAAGAGGAAGACUCGGGCAGUGAGCAUUCCCAUAGCCGCUCAAGGUCUGGCCGGCGCCAUUCCUCACACCGCUCCUCCCAGCGUUCUUACUCAAGUAGCUCAGAGGCUUCUUCAGACCAGAGCUGCUAUAGUAGGCAGCACAGUUAUUCUGAUGACAGCUAUAGUGACUAUAGUGACCGAUCACGAAGGCACUCAAAGCGCUCCCAUGACUCUGAUGACUCAGACUAUACCAGCUCCAAGCACCGGUCCAAACGGCACAAAUAUUCAUCUUCCGAUGACUAUAGCCUCAGUUGCAGCCAGUCCCGAAGCCGGUCUCGGAGUCAUACCAGAGACCGCUCAAGAUCCCGGGGCCGCAGCCGCAGCAGUAGUUGCAGCCGCAGCCGGAGCAAACGGAGAAGCCGUAGUACCACAGCCCACAGCUGGCAGCGAAGCCGCAGCUAUAGCCGGGACCGCAGCCGCAGCACCAGAAGCCCUUCCCAAAGAUCAGGCUCUAGGAAAGGAUCAUGGGGUCAUGAGAGCCCUGAGGAGAGGCGUUCUGGUCGUCGAGACUUCAUUCGCUCCAAAAUCUACCGCUCCCAGUCUCCUCAUUAUUUCCGAUCAGGUCGGGGAGAAGGCCAUGAGAAAAAGGAAGAUGGCAGAGGAGAUGAUAGUAAAGGGACAGGCCUACCCUCCCAGAACAGCAGUGUUAGCACAGGAAGGGGAUCAGAGAGUGACUGCAGCCCUGAAGAUAAGAACUCUCUCACUGCCAAACUUCUACUGGAGAAGAUCCAGUCAAGGAAAGUGGAGAGGAAACUCAGUGUAAGUGAGGAGGUGCUGGCCACCCCAAAUAAAGCUGGGCUCAAGCUCAAGGACCCCCCACAAGGUUACUUUGGGCCCAAGCUCCCCCCCUCUCUUGGCAAUAAGCCUGUCCUUCCACUGAUAGGGAAACUCCCAGCUACCCGAAAGCCCAACACCAAGAAAUGUGAAGAGUCUGGCUUAGAAAGAGGGGAAGAGCAAGAACAGUCAGAGACAGAAGAAGGGCCUCCAGGUAAUAGUGAUGCCCCAUUUGGACAUCAGUACCCCUCAGAGGAAACCGCUGGCCCCUUAUCAGACCCACCUCCAGAAGAGCCAAAAUCUGAAGAAGCUACUACUGCUAAUCACCCUGUGGCUCCACUAGGCACCCCAGUGCACUCUGAUUGCUUUCCUGGGGACCCAACCAUCUCCCAUAACUACCUCCCUGACCCGAGCGAUGGGGACACCCUAGAAUCCUUGGAUAGUGGCAGUCAACCAGGCCCUGUGGAAUCUAGCCUGCUGCCAAUAGUGCCAGAACUUGAGCACUUCUCCAGUUAUGCACCUCCCAGUGGGGAGCCUAGUAUCGAGUCAGCUGAUGGGACAGAGGAUGCUUCCCUGGCCCCCCUGGAAAGCCAGCCCAUCACCUUCACCCCCGAGGAGAUGGAGAAGUACAGCAAACUCCAGCAGGCUGCACAGCAGCACAUCCAGCAGCAGCUUCUAGCCAAGCAAGUAAAAGCCUUUCCAGCCUCUGCUGCCCUGGCCCCAGCCACUCCAGCCCUGCAGCCCAUCCACAUUCAGCAGCCGGCCACAGCCUCUGCCACCUCCAUCACAACUGUUCAGCAUGCCAUCCUACAGCAUCAUGCUGCAGCAGCUGCUGCUGCCAUUGGCAUUCACCCCCACCCUCAUCCCCAGCCACUUGCCCAAGUACAUCAUAUUCCCCAGCCCCACCUGACCCCCAUUUCCUUAUCCCACCUCACUCACUCAAUCAUCCCUGGCCACCCUGCCACCUUUCUCGCUAGCCAUCCCAUUCACAUCAUUCCUGCCUCAGCCAUCCAUCCUGGACCCUUCACCUUCCACCCUGUCCCACAUGCUGCCCUCUAUCCUACCCUCCUUGCCCCACGGCCUGCUGCAGCAGCUGCCACUGCCCUCCACCUUCACCCACUUCUUCACCCCAUCUUCUCAGGUCAGGACCUGCAGCACCCCCCUGGCCAUGGCACAUGAGUUGGGGGAUGAGAGCCCAGGUAGGACCAGGGAAGGUGACCCAUAAGUCUUCCCUUGGGAGUGUUGAGCCAUUAAUACCAGCAAGUAGAAGCUGGGAUGGGCAGUGUCUGAUAGCCAAAGAAUUGGGUUUUGGCUUGCAGGGGUGGUUUUAGAUUUGAGGUUUGCUUUGGAUUCACUAUCAGGGAUUUCCCCCCCCCCCCCCCCUUUCCUUGUAUCUCUCCCCCUCCUGUGUUUCUAGACUAGGAAACACUAGUAAGUGCUACCCACCCCUCUGUAGCAACAUUUCCAGAUGGUCAAGCUUAUAUGCUCCCCUUCUCCCUCUACUGUUUAACCUCUGCUCUUCCCUUCUAUACAUUUUAAAACAUUUUUCUCCUCUCUGGCCGGCGGGUUGUCCAUCUGAUCCUGCCUUCCCAAUGUCUGACCAUCCCUUGGUGACCUUGUGUUCCCUGGGUGAGGUGGAAAGGGAGUCAGACCUGGAAUCAGAUGCUACUCUGUUUUUGGAUCCACUUCCCACAUAAAGAGCCACACGUUUGGCACUGAUGGCCUCGUGUCCCUCAUCCCAGAAGAGACAUCGGACUAUCCCAGAAAAGAAGAUCCUAUCAUGAUUACAAGCUAUGCGGAACACAGUUUCUCAUGUGCUUUCCCAGGGAGGAGCUUGUAUGUCUGAAGGGUGUAUUUUCUUCUGUCAUGUUGAUGUUUCCUUCUUAAUUUAUAGGAUUUUUUAACGUAAAAAAAUUGCACUGAACUCUGUAAACGCAAAUGCUGCUUUUUGUAGCUCAUAAAAAAGGUUCCAUAUUUGUAGUAUACUGCAAUAAUAUUUUUUACAUCUAGCUCUUUAAGUGAUCCUUGUUCUGGUGGCUUUGUGUAAAUAUGUUUGCCUAGUUGAAUUAAGAAACUAAAGGUUAUAAGAUGAAAGCAAAAAAUAAAGUAUUUGUUUUCUGCUAGAUGCAAAAAUGACUAAGCAUGUAUAUUUUAUCAAACUCAUGUAUUUUUUGAAGUUAUGAACUAUAAAAAUGUCAGAGCAAAAAAAGAACAUUGUUUAACAUUUUUGCUGGGACAAAAUGUUCAGUAAUUUGCAUUAAGUGGUGCCCCCGGCACUGGGAUGUUUGAACUAAUGGGCAUCAGUCAGCUGGGGGGUUCAGAGGAAUACUCAGUUAUGGUGGUCUUCUUCAUAUGCUUUGUUUUUGUUUUUUACAGAAAAACAGGUGGGCCCCACAGAGGAGGAAAACAUUCAAGAGCUUUAUUUGAAAGCAGUGAGAUUCAGAGUGAUUGGGGAUUUCUGAUGCCUUGUUCUAGGCAGUCCAUUUGCCUUCCUAGUACUUAGCCUUCUCUGAUAAUUUUUUGUUUUUUAAUGUGCCUUUUUGGUUGGCUAGAAACAAGUAGAAGUAGACUGGGGGAUGGUAGAGUUCCGUUUUCUUCCUCCUCUUGUUGGGACAUGAGCACAUUUAUAGAUACUGCAAAUUCUUUUGCUUCAUAGUUUCCAUGCCUUCAGCCCAGUUUAGCUUAAGCAGUGAAGAUUCCUUUUCUCUUCUGUGACACCAUGGCACCUACCAGAGGAAAUACCACCUCAAUUCCUCUUCCUCUUCUUGCUUUUCACCCAGGUUUUCAGACCUAAUUAACACACUGACCCUAAAGUGUUUAUAUUGCACUUCUCACCAUCUUUAGUGUAAUUAGCGGAUCCCUGUUUGGCAUUUCCCUGCCUAUUCCUGUGGCUAGAAUUGGUUGGGUGGUCACCUGACACGAAAAACAAACCCUACUUACCUGGGCCAAGGCUCUGUGUUCUGCCUUUCUUCUCGAAUUCCCAAAUGGAAAAGGUUUUGAGUUUAUGAGAAGCAAGUGCUGGACAAACAAGGCUCUUGACUGAGCCUCCUACCUGUUUAGUGCUCCUCAUGUGGUUCAGAAGCAUCACUUUUUUAAUAACUAGCACUGGAAAAAUGAAAUGUCUUUGAUGUGAAGGGACUCAUUUUUCUUUGCUUUCAUGAAGCCCGUGUAAAUAAUUUAAAUAAUACAGUAUUAACAUUUUUGUGCUAUUUCCCUUCCCAUUAGCUUGUAGAUUGAGCCAUACUCUGGCUGCCUCUGUCUUCCUAGGGGCAGUUUUCUUUAACUUUCAGAAUAGUGAUUUCAAAACUUUAAAAAACGUAAAGAAAAACAAAAUAGCCUAUCCUUCCUUACAAGCAUAACAGAUUGUAUUUAACUUUAUCGCAUAUGAUAGAGAUAUAUAUGCUGUAAAAUUAGGGAAAGGAACUUUCUAAUAAACCAAUGAUUUGUGGAAACUUA